UCCUCCUUCUCCUAUCUGCCCGGUGUUCUCAUCGUCGUAAUUUUCAUCAUGUGGUCUGCAGCCUUUCGACGCAGUGCUUCCAUCAAAUUCUUUCGGAGAGCAUUGACCACGUCAAGCCAGCGUGGUUGUCAAUCAGUGAAACAGAUAUUAGCAUUUAAAGACGUUAACAAAGCAAUCGAAAUCAAGGGAUGGGUGAGGGCAUUACGAAAACACAAGGACGUGGUGUUCUUGGAUCUUUCAGAUGGGUCAGCCGCAUCCAAAGUUCAGGUUGUUGUUCCUGCAAAUUGUGUGAGGCCAGGCCUUUCAUAUGGGGCAGCUAUCCAGGUUCUUGGAAAACUGGUAGCCAGCUCACACAAGGGGCAGGAAUUCGAAGUGCACGCUGAAGACAUCACAGUGUUGGGACCUUGUGAUGUGGAGGGAUACCCGUUUCAUGCGCGGAAGACGUACCCUCCUGAGUAUGUGCGAAGCUUCCUCCAUUUCAGACCACGGCAGGCCAAGGAAGCGGCCAUGCUGCGGCUUCGCAGUGCUGCUUUAAUGGCGGUGCAUGCUGCAUUCCAGUCUCAGGGCUUCUUUCAUGUUCACACGCCCAUCUUGACAUCCAAUGACUGCGAGGGUGGUGGGGACGUUUUCACUGUCAGGCCCAUGAAGCAACAAACAGCCAAGAAGGAAUCUGACGAAAGCUCCGAGGAUCUCUUCUUUGGCAGGCCAGUCUACCUUACUGUAUCAGCACAACUUCACUUGGAGGCUAUAGCUAUGUCCCUGUCGAGGGUUUACACUGUGGGUCCCACAUUUCGUGCGGAGAACUGCAACACACGACGACAUGUCUGCGAGUUCUGCAUGGUGGAAGCUGAGGAGGCCUUUGUCACGUCUUUGGACACCUUGCUUCAGAGGACAGAAGACGUUGUGAAGAAUUUGUUCACCAGUCUGGUCAACUCAUCUAAUCAAGAUGUAGCAUUAAUUACAAGAGAUGCCCCUUCUGGCCACCUUGAGACGGUGCAGGCCGCACUGGAGAAGCCUUUCGUAAGGAUGACAUACAGUGAAUGCAUCAGUGUUCUUCAGUCUGCCAGAAAUGAAAACAUUUCGCUUCAGAACAUCCAGUGGGGCCAGGACUUGGGAGCAGACCACGAGGAAUACUUGGUGAAGCACUGUGGCAAUGGAGGACCACUGUUCGUGACGCACUUUCCAUCAGCACUCAAGCCUUUCUACAUGAAGCACUCUAUUCGUCAGUCUGGCAUGGUGGAAGGAUUUGACCUGCUGGCACCUUUUGGAGGCGAGCUUUGUGGUGGGAGUCUGAGGGAGGAUGACCACACUGUUCUCGAGGAACGUCUGCGGAAUCUAGGAAUCGCCGAGGCUUUCCCUUGGUACUUGGACCUUCGGAAAUAUGGAUCUGCACCACAUGGAGGGUUCGGUCUGGGCUUUGACCGAAUGCUACAGUAUUUUUUUGCUAUAAAGAAUAUUAGGGAUGUGGUGACCUUCCCGCGAUGGUCAAAUCACUGUUCUAUGUAGGCACUGCAUUGUUCAAUAAACGUUCUC